GCCAGACAGGCAGACAGGCAGUUAAGUAGACAAGCAGACAGGCAGACAGGCAGGCAGACGGACAGACAUGGCCAGGCUGGACGUGACAGAGACCUUCCAUCACAUCUCAUUCCCUGGGCACAUUCACACCCAGGACUCCCUGAACUAUGCCCUCCACUUCCAGUUCCAGGACAGGGACACAGUCAUUGCCACCUACCCCAAAUCAGGGACUACCUGGAUGCAGGAAGUGGUCACUCUUGUGAAAAACAGAGGGGACCCACAACUCUCCAAAACUGUGCCCAACUGGGCCCGAGCCCCCUGGCUGGAACAGCAUUACUGUGCAAAGGUGCUGGGGGCCUCCCAGGGCCCCCGAAUCAUCACCACUCACCUGCCCUACCACCUGCUGGCCUCUGCCCUCCAGGGUUCCAAAGCUAAGGUAAUCUAUGUCGCCAGAAACCCCAAAGAUGUUGCUGUGUCAUAUUACCACUUCCAUAAAAUGGCCAAGUUCCUCCCAGAGCCCAACUCAUUUGAUGAGUUUCUGGAUGGUUUUCUAGAGGGUACAGUGAGUUAUGGGUCCUGGUUCGAUCAUGUGAAAGGCUGGACCAGUCAAGCAGGAGUCUUGGCACAUUUCCUUUAUAUCUCCUAUGAGGAGAUGUGGCUGGACCUGCGAGGCUCGAUUGAGAGGAUCAGCUCUUUCCUGCAGAGCCCCCUGGUGGGCAAGGAAUUAACCAGCUCCCUAAGACACUGCAGCUUCAGCAGCAUGAGAGACAAUGCCAUGGUGAACUACACUCUGAUCCCACAGGAGAUCAUGGACCACAACAAAGGCAAAUUCAUGAGGAAAGGUAAAAUCGGUGACUGGAGAAACACUUUCACAGAGGAGCAGAUUGGUUGUUUCGACACUGUCUACAGCUGCCAGAUGCAAGACUGUCCCCUGACCUUCCUGUGGGAGUGUCCUCCUGAGUCCUGAGGGGGAGGAGGAGGAGGAGGAGGAGGAGGAGGAGGAGGACAGGCCUUUGGGGAUCAGGAUAGGGCCCUUAUUCAUGCCGCCGGAGAUUGAUGGAUACGCUUCAUACAAACCCUGGAAUUGUCCCACUGAUGUUCUCUGUGUUUUCAUGAAUGUAAAUGUAAUGUACAUAAGCCAAUAUAGUAAAACUAUACAAUAAAUGUAUAUGCUAAUAUAAACAAAUAUGGUGGGUGACCUAUUUGUUGUUGUAGUUGGGUUUUUCCACCUCUAAUAAAAUCGAAAUGUUACAGUUAA